ACCAAACCACAGUCAUUCGAAGAUUGUGUCGGCGAUGAGCUGCCGCAUGGCUGGGAGGAAGCGUACGAUCCGCACAUCGGACGCUAUUAUAUCAAUCACAUUGAACAGACCACGCAGUUGGAGGAUCCGCGCCAAGAAUGGAAGAGCGUGCAAGAGCAAAUGUUGCGCGACUAUCUGUCGGCGGCCCAAGAUCAAUUAGAAAAUAAACGUGAGAUGUAUGAUAUUAAGCAGCAGCGCCUGCAAAUAGCGCAGGAAGAAUACAAUAAUCUGAAUAAAUUGGCGGCCAGCAGGAGUAGUUUGUGUUCCUCUUCGAGUUCAAUGAGUCGCCACGAUCCCGAGUUGUUGCGCGCCGAUCUGGCUAUGGCUAAGGAGCGCGUGCGUCUGCUAAAGCAGGAACUCAAGCACAUCACACACGACAUCACUUUUACGCAACGUGGCAUGAAUACGCUGCACUCGGUGGGCGAGAAGAUCAAUGCACGCCAGAAUGGCUGUUAUGAUAUUGCCGAAGUGCAGGCCAUACGCGAGGAAAUGCUCAAGGUGCACAAGUCGUUGGUGUCGGGUGAGAAGGUGCGCGAAGAGCUGAUGCGUAGCCUAGUGCAAAUCAAGAAUGAGCUCAGCCGUCAACAAAUCAACGACGAAAAUGCUGAGCUGAUGAAUGCUGCAUCGCCAUUCGAUCGCGUUUGUGUUGCUUCGCAGACGGAUUUGUGUGGUGCUGGCGAUAUGAAUAGUGGCGCACGUUUCGCAGAGAUGGCCAAAACGAAGUUGCAAUACUCGGAAUGGCGUAAACAUAUCAAAAAACUACAACAACAGUUGGCCGAUCAUGUGGAACGCAUCGAUCCCGGUCAAUUAGAGUCGGAUAAGGAUCGCAUUUUGUUGAUACAGGAGAAGGAGAAAUUCCUCAACGAUUUGAAUAGCAUUUCGAUGGAGUCGCGCACACCCGAGGAGGUGCGUGUUAUACAGCAAACACGUCGCAAGCUGGAAGAGGAUCUGAAUGAGGCGUAUGAGGCUACAAAUCAGUGCAUAGCGAAGCGUCUGCGCUUCCACGAGGAGAAACAGCUGCUGGUGGGUGAGCUGCAAGAGGCGCUUAAAUCUACGAAAAAACUGGAGGAACGCCUUAAGUCAUUCUCGUCGGAGAGCACAUUCUCCAUUAGUAGCGGUUCUAGUCUGGGUUCGCUGUCGACGGCGAGUAGCAAAAGCGCGCUCAGCUUCACCGACAUCUACAUCGACCCAUUCGCUGUCGAUUCACAAAUUGAUGUGAUCGAUUUGCAACGCCGCUCACAACGUUUCUAUCAGCAACAACAGCUGCAAGUCGCACAAACGCAAUUGCAGCUGCAACAGCAACAGCAACAACAGCAGCAGCUGCAGUCACAAACGCAUUCAGUUACGCACACGCAUCCACAAUUGCAACAACAACCCUCAUCGGAGUUGUCGCUUUCGCCGCGUAGCAGUCUAUCAAUGGAAACACCACCCGCCUCGCCCAUGAAAUACAAUGCCAGUCCCGAUCAGGUGACGGCGUCCACAAACCAGCGGCUCAAGGAAGAGCCCACGUAUGCCAAUACAUCGUCUGGCGCUGGUUUGCCACCACUCUACCAGCCAAGUCCAGCGUUGGCGGCAGCCAUGGCACGCACACACGCGCAUGACUUGGACUCGACCCUACUGGACUGUAUGGUGCUGGAGGCUAAGCUGCAGAAGCUGAACUUAGCCGCACCAAUUAACCUGCCCGCUGCGCCGCUGUCACCGAUUUCCGAGAAGCCAUCUUUACUAGAUCUGCCGCAAGAGAUGCUCAGCCGUUCAUCUUCCUCGUCGAACACACGCUCCGUAUCCGCGGCGGUGAGCAAUGAGUCGGUCGCCGGUGACUCGGGCGUUUUCGAGGCAUCACGCGCGCAUCUGCCACGCAAGGAAUUGGCACAAGUGCAGAUCGGAUUGAAGUAUCUGAAGGAGAAGGGUGUACUAGUCGUCUCGCUGGAACGUGCGAACAAUCUCUCAGCGCUAUGGACUGCGACCGCAGACAAUUCACAAGUUUAUUUGCGCGCCGCUUUGCUACCAAAUUCGCUCACAUCGAUUCGCACGAAAGCCAUGUCGGACUUCCAGAAACCCGUUUUCAGCGACACUUUUGCCGUCCCCAUAUCGCUUAGUAAACUGCAGACGAAGAGCUUGCAGGUCACAGUGGUCAGCAUGACCGGCCAGAAGGAGGAGAUAAUCGGCACUGUGCAGAUAAGCAUGGCCGAAUUCAACCCCGAUGAUUCCACACUCAAGUGGUACAAUGUGCUCAGCUCUAAAUUCAUGCCAACCUUCGAACCACUGGACAUGCCAUCAACGAGUGCCGCCGCUGCUGCCAAAGCUGCUUCUGCGGCGGCGGCUGCAGCUGGCGUUGCCAAUUCAGCUGCAACGCCUCAUUUGUCUACGUCAACUACGGGCACCAAUGUUCCGAAUGUUGCCAAGGAAGAGUCGUCCGAUGAAUCGACCAUCACCUCGUCACAAACAUCAACGUUGACACGCAAUCAAGUGCCGCCCUUCGAGAUGCAAGCGCAAAUCACCGAAGAAAUGCAAGAACAAUUGAGCGUAAACGACGAAGACGAGGAGGAUGAGGAGGACGAUGAUGAGGAUGACGACGAUGAUGAUGAGCUAGAGGGGCUGACAGAUGCUGAUUUUACAAAGAAAAUGCUCGAAGCAUACAACUGCAUCGAUCUGAUCAAGCAAGAAUAUGCGGACAAGGAAACCAAUACCGAGUGCGCAUUCCAGCCGGAAAAAUCGCGUGCAUCCCAGCAGCAACAGCAAAUGGCCGACGAUAGGCCGGUAAAACGUUCGCAGACGUUCACACCGUCGGCGGCAGUAAAUAAAAACCGUUACAUCUGCCGAUUGAAUCGUUCCGACUCGGAUUCGGCUAUGCAUUUCGGCGUCACGCCACAUCCCUUCCAUCGUGGCGCUGUGGAGCGACGAUCGUUGCGCUUCCACACCAAAGUACCCAAACAAGUCACAAAACUUCGUCAUACCCAUAUACCCAGAACUAGUUUGGAUCUGGAACUAGAUCUGCAGGCGCAGCAUAGUAAAUUAGAUUUCCUAAAUGAUCAAAUAGCCAAGUUGCAGAACUUGAAGGAUGUGCUUGAGAAGGGUCGUGAUAAUCGCGAUCCCUUAAUUGCCGCCUGGGCUAUUGAGAAUGAGGAGUUCCAGCGCUUAGUCGAACGCGCCGAUCCGGCCAAAUGCCCGGAAGAGAAACAAUUGCAUAAGCUUUUGAUGAAAACUGCCAAAGAAAUUUAUAAGCUGCGUAAAACCAAGGUGCCGAAAGGAUCACCCGAUUUACUGUCAUUCAAGGAAAAAAUGACCUUCUUCACACGCAAAGGCUUUCCAGUGCCCGAAUUGCCAGAUCGUGCCGAUUAUGUGCUGCCCGAUGCCAAUCUCAUCGAAGAGGAGGAUGAGGAGGAGGAGGACGAGGAAGACGAUGAGGAGGACAAGGCACGCGAAACAGCGAUCGCUAUCAAUACGGCGCUCGUCGCUAGCAACAAUAGAAAUAAGAAUCUCAAUGAGAAUCAUAUAGGCGGAGCGGUUAGUCGAAGAGAAUUGAAUGCAGCCAAGAGCACAGCAGCAGCUGCAGCAGCAGCAGCGGCCGCAGCCAACGCGGCAGCAACAACAACAAAUGUAACGCCAACGCCUAGCACAAGCGCGGCAGCAGCAGCCACAGCGGCGACAGUGCAGAAUAACAGCGCCAAUGGCGAUCAGAAGGAUCAGCGAUUUGAAUAUGUGGUCGAUCGCACCUAUGGCGUUGAGGUGUGAAACUGCCAAGCAAGGCUUGGAAUUUUUUUUUUGUUUUUUGUUUUUUUUGACGUAGUAUAUAUAAAUAUUUAUGUAAUGUAAGUAACCGCUUGUGGCUGGCGGAAAACUCAAGAAACAAAACAAUUGUGCCUUACUCGUAGUUUUAUAAAGAAGAAGAGUGGAAUUAAAGGGAAGUGAAAAAAAAAAUACUGAGUAGAACUUUAAAUAAAUUUAGUAGCUAAGUAAGUAGUUUUGCUGUACAAAACUGACUAUUUGUUGGAAAGUAAAAAAAAAAUGUUAUAUUAUACGAAUAUGAUUUUUCUAGAAGCGAAAUUUUGCAAAACUUUUUCGCUUUUUGUUUUGUAAAACUGUAAAAAAAUUGUUUUUUAAACGAAAUUUGGACCUGAACGCGAUAUUUCUUACCCAAGACUAGCAUCAGCUGUACUUUGAUGUCAUUGUAUUUUAGCUGUUAUAAAUUUUAUGCAAACUAUCGAAAGCAAAAUCAUAAAGAACACACACACACAUUGGACUCUACAUUUCGUAGUGGUUGAUUAUUAUUAUUUUUUUUUGAGCAUUUCUUUUACGAACAUAACAGAAAGAAAUUUAGUUAGGCUCCUCUUUAGUUGUAAAAUUUUUUCUAAGCGAAUUAUAGGAAUAUCGCAUGCGCUUUUUUGCUUGGCGCGUUGCUAAAAUGUAAAAUUCUAAUUUAUUUAAUUUUUUUUAUACAAACAUACUUAUUAUAUUUUAAUAUAUUGGAAGGCUUGCGUUUUUGUUGAGCUCGAUUUAUAAUGUUUUGUUGUAAUUUAUAUUGAAUGAUGGCAAUCCACAUGAUUAUUAUUAUUAUUAUUACUAGAACUAUGAAAGUAAUAAAUAUUCGGGUAUAUGUAAAAUAUUUAAUACACAGAAAAGUGAGUUUAUUUAAUUAACAAUAAUUUUUGUUUUUGUUUUGCGAAACUAACUCUUUGUAUAAACAAUGUUUUUAAUACAAAUUUACAAAAAAGCAAACAAAUACAAAUUUCUAUGAAAAAAUUAUAAGUACAUAAUUUGUAUUUAAAUGCGACACAGGUAGUAGCAAGCAAUUAAGCAAAAUAAAAAAAUUUCAAAUUAAAAAAUUGUUUAAAAAACAAAAUUGUGAGCUAAAAAAAUUUUAGUUAAA